AUGUAAAUAUACCCGAUAAGUGGCGAUGAUUCUCCUAUUAAUGAGGUUACGUCUGGAAGUGCCCAUAAAAGCGGAUCAACCUAGGUGAAGAGGCUUCAUAUAGCUAAGACUUCUCGAUAUUUGUAUUAGAUAAAUGUAAAGAAUAGAUUGCCACUUUAUAAUCCACCUUCAGUUGAAUCGAGAAUCACAUUGUCAAGAACAGACUCUCAUUUGAAGUUAAGUUUUGUUAGUCAUUCGUAGCAAAUGAGGAGAAAUGCAAAAUGUGAAUUUCGUCAAAUAAGUAGAAAAUUGAUCCAUGCAAUGAAUUUUGUGAAGGAACUUCGGUAAUAUGCUGAACAAUUGAAGUCGCAACACAUGGAGUACAAAUAUCGGCAUCGCAACUUUUUCCCUUUGUACCCAGAUGAUAAGAUGUAUAUCAUAUGGAUAGUGUUAAUGAAGGGGUUGCAUUGCGUGGCCUCAAUAAUCCUGCCAUUUGAGUUGGCAUUCCAAGUAUUGUAGCUAAAAAUAUUAAGGGAGUCGGAACAAUAGUGACUCAAAUACUGUCUGGUAUAUUUGCAAUAGACAUCCUCUUUAAUUGCAUAAGUUGUCACAUAGAUGAGCAUAACAUUCUUUUACACACUUUUGAUGCCAUAAUUCCCUAUUACCUGAAAAGAUGGUUUGUAAUAGACUUAAUAUCGAUAAUCCCAUUCGAAGAUUUCGAGAGCACUUAACUCUUUGGGUUGAUGAGAUUAUUUAGAAUAGCCAAGUAUUUCAUGUACGAAAGACGUGAAAAUUACCACACAGCUAAUGAUAUCAUUAAAAAGAAGGAAAUCAUCUUGAAUGAAGAUUUAUCCUAUAGAGAAGAUUACAACAUAGAUCUGAGGAUCAGAAGAGUUGUAACCAUAUUUAUAGACAUGAUAAUCUUGACUCACAUUUUUGCAUGUUUAUGGUUUUGGUGUGCCAGAAUGGAUGAAUUUAAUUAGGAAACUUGGGUUGUCAGAGAGAAUGCAUAUGAUUUGAAUGUAGGAAAACAGUAUUUGAUUUGUUUCUAUUGGGCCAUAUAAACAGUGACAGUGAUUGGAUAUGGAGAUGUUGCUGCUCAUACAUCAUUUGAGUUCUUUCUCCAAAUCAUUUGGAUGCUCAUCGGAGUUGGAUUCUACUCAUUUACUAUUGGUGAUAUCACUUGCAUCUUGGUGAAUGUUAAUCCACGUUAAGAGUAUGAAGAUUAAUUAAUAUUGCUGGAGGAGUUGGGAGAUCAAACAUUUAUGAUAGAUGAUGUGCUCAAAGAACUAAUUCAAUUCGCUAAAUUCAAUAUCUCUCAUAAUCCAUUCUGGGCACGUAAUACUAUCGAGAUGGUCUAAGCUCUGCCUUGGAGUAUGAGAUAAUACAUUAUUGCUUCAACUCAUAGAGAAAUACUCAAGAUGGUUCCCUUCAUUGCCAAUGACAUCAACUUCUCCACAAUGGUAUUGCCUUAUUGUACCUUUGCCAAAUACGAUGAAUAUUCUAGCAUUUAUCACAUAGGUCAAAGCUCAUCGGACUUCUAUUACCUGCUAAGUGGAGAUGUCAGAUUGUCUGAUGCAUCUGGGGAAUGUAUUAUCAGAGUAAUGGAAGGAACAGUCUUUGGAGAAGUAGAAUCAAUUGAAUAGACCUUAAGAAGAUGGCAUGCUCAUGCUGUUACCAAAAGCGUAGUUCUGAUGUGUCCAGGCAGAUUUUUUGAGUCACUGAUCAAGUAAAACUCAACUCAGUUUUUUGAAUUAUAUUAGAUGUAUAAGAGAAGGAAAAUCCUUUUAUCUGAUUAUGCAGAGUAAAAAUAAAGUAAUAGUUAUUAAUCCAAUAAAUUCUAGGAUAAGCUGUCAAACUUAAAAGAUCAACUGCCAUAAUUGUAGAAGGCAAAGUGGUGUAAACACAACAGGUUCGAAGAUCAAGUGAAAAUAGGCAGCAAUUCAAAUCCAAAAUAGACUGUCGAAAUUACAUUAGUGUUCAGUAGGAUUUAAUGUUAUCUGUUGUUGGAUAGAAGUAGGCAAGGAAGAAAUUGCUGAGAGAGAAGUUUAGACUGGUAUAAUUGUUUGAUAAUCAAGGCUGUUGAUAGGAUCAAGUAAAUGAUAGUAAGAACCAAGAAAAGAAGAGGAGCCUUAGUUGCUGAUCCUGACUAUAAGAUCAUCAGAGAAUUGAUUGCCACUAGAAGUCAAUAGACAAUCUAAACAACUACAUUUGAUAGUACUAAUUAUUUACAAAAAUUGAUGAAUAAAUUCGGCAAGGUGGUAGAAUAAGAAAAUUUAGUUUAAUCCUUUAUCAUAAAAAAAAAAUAAGAAUCUUAUGAAAAGAUUAAGAGAAUCAAAUUCAAAAAUCUUGUUUCUGAUUGGAAUAAAAGUAAACAUAGAAAAUCAAUAAAGAGAGAAAUUGAUCUCUAUUAUUCAUCAUUUCAUGAAUAAAUUUAUCAAGAACUUUUACAAGCCAGGAUUGAUCAAAAAUAAAAAAUUAAAUCUAAACAAGAUAAUAUUAGAAAGAAUUCAAUUUAAUAACUUAAAGUGUUAAAUUUAAAUGUUAAAUAUAUUAUACAAUUGGCAAUGAAAUUUUCUAUUCACAAAUUUGAAAUCAUGAAAAUAGAAAGAGAUAUUGACGAAAUUAUUGAUGAGUGCCAAUCUAUUGUGUAAAACAUUAUGUGA